UUUUCCGGUUGCCGGUUCGAUGAGGGGACGGAGGCACGUGCUGGAGCUGGUGGGGUGGGAUCCGGAGCUCGCUGUGAGCUCGCUGGAGAGGGAUUUCAUCACUGAUGAGGACCGGGUCAGGAAGACCUUCAAGUUCCCAAUUCCCCAUGGAAAGUCCCUCAGUUUAGACGAGGAUGAUGAGAGAAGGAUGAAUUCUUUGAGUACUCUACCGCUGAUUUCACCGUAUUCCGAUGGUUCGAAUUUGAAGUUAUGGUCAAUAGAGGCAGAGAAGUACAGGGUUGGAGUCAUUCAUGAAUUCUUAAGCUUGACAUUGGAGAAGAGGGCAAUGAUUCAUCACAUUGUGGAGUUCAAGGAGGAGUUCAACCUCACAAGGCACACUUAUCAGAUGCUUUUAAAGCAGCCACGGGCAUUCUACCUUGCUGGAACUGAGAUGAAUUGGGGAGUGUUCCUGAGAGAUGCUUAUAGGGAUGAUGGGACGCUGAUGGAGAAGGAUCCACAAGUAGUUUUUGAUGAGAAAUUGAGGAAGUAUGCAUUGAUGAAGGAAGGGGAGUCUUUAGAAGGAGAGAACUCAGACAAGGGUAAAACUAAAGGAAAGAGAUGAGCUGCAUCUGUUGUGCGUUUGGAUCAGGUUCUCUUUGGAUGCUGAAAAAAAGAUGUUGACUACUUAUUUUGAGCGUAAGAAGGAUGGCGGGAAAGUGAGGUUGUUUUGGUAGGCAUUCACAAUACAAGAUCUUUUGCUCCUUGAUUGGAAUUGUGGGCGACGUGUAAUUUGUGGCUUGACUCAAAAUAGUUGGUAAGUUUGCUGGUUCUGUUCAUGAUAAUUUUUCUGAUUGGAUUUAGAUGUACUUGGAACCUAUCCAUUGGUAUGAGGAGGGGAAUUACAAAAUACUUGAACAGGAAAACUAGAUUGAUUGAUAGUCAUUAAUUCAGGUAUUCUCGGUC